CUCUCUUCCGUCUGUUUUGCGCAUGUGUAGUUCUCUUUACGACUCGGCUGGCAAAGAUGGCGGACACUCAGAACGAAAGGUCCUAUCAGAAGCAGCCCACCAUCUUCCAGAACAAAAAGCGAGUUGUUUUGGCCGGUGAAGGAAGCACCAAAGAAAAGCUCCCACGUUACCACAGGAACGUCGGUUUGGGCUUUAAAACCCCCAGAGAAGCUAUUGACGGCACUUACAUUGAUAAAAAAUGCCCCUUUACCGGUGAUGUCUCCAUCAGAGGCCGCAUUCUUUCAGGUGUGGUGACCAAGAUGAAGAUGCAGAGGACCAUCGUCAUCAGACGUGACUACCUGCACUACAUUCGCAAGUACAACCGUUUUGAGAAGAGACACAAGAACAUGUCUGUUCACCUAUCUCCCUGCUUCAGGGAUGUGACUGUUGGAGACAUCGUCACUGUCGGGGAGUGCAGACCUCUCAGCAAGACGGUCAGGUUCAACGUCCUGAAGGUCACCAAAGCAGCCGGAGCCAAGAAGCAGUUCCAAAAGUUCUGAACAAUUCUGGGUUUCGCUGCAUUGUCAUGACUUAAAGAAUAUUAAAUCAGUUCUUUACA